AUGCACUCCCCACGAACUCCUUGUGAGACUAUUGAGAAGAUGGACGAGUCAACGAUGAAUGGACACAUAGUGAGUGGACAGCCCGUUGCUGCGCAUAAAAUGCAAAUUUAUGAGCGUCAAUCAGCGCAUGACCUCACGCGAACGGAAGUGGAAGCGAGCGACUGGUGGCUACUGCCACAAAUUCAUAUGUUUGCUCAUUUCCAAGAAACAUCAUGUGCUGUGCAUCCGCCGAAAACAAAGCGAUGUACACAGUUCGAAUACAUGCGAACACAAUACACCGCGACGUAUGAAGCUUACAAAACAAGCACAAAGAUGAAUUGCAUGCAAAAGACACUUAUUAGAAUGUGUGAAAAACUCGAGCUGAUUUCCUUGAAAGGAAGAGGACGAGCUGAAGCUGUGAGACUUAUGCUCGUGUUUGCUGAUCACCCCUUCACGGAUUCAAGGUUAACAAUUGCAGAAUGGAAGCUUAGGAAGAGGAAAGACAAUUUCUCUGAAGACACGAAACUGCCGGUGAUGAUAGUGAAUAACAGCUCGAGAAUAGUAGGAGUCAACGAGAUAUCCAAAUAUGUCGCAGAAAAGCUCGGGCUUUAUGGAAGUCUACCCGGUGAAAAAAAGGCUAUCGACGAUGUGAUGACCAUUCUUGAAGAACUUCACACAGGUCUAGCACCCAUUAUUCGGGCGACCCUCACGAAGAAUUAUGAAGAGCGGCGAGUGGUAUGGAACACGUUCAAAGACUCGACGCUAUUUCCAUGCUUAAGAAAAUUUGAGGAAGAGUUGUCUGAAAAAAUUCUUCUCGUUGGAACAAGGAUUUCAUGGGCAGACAUCGCUUUGAUUGAGAUGUUGACUCGACUUCAAAGCUGUUACGACAGUUUCUACAUGGCUCAUUUUCCAGCGUUGAAAGCAUACUGUAACCGCUUCGAAACCCUUCCCAACGUACGACCGUACAUCCAAACUAGGCCUGAAACACAUUUUUGA